AUGUCGUCUGCCGCCGUCGUCAUUAUGGCCAGCGAGCCGGCAGCCGGCCGGCCGAAGAAGCUGCAUCCGCUCUUUGCGGCGCUUCAAGCCGGUGGCAUCGCGAGCGAAAACAGCACGGAUACAGAAGCAGAUGCAGAGCCGUCACAGCCAGACAUCAUCGCCGCCGACCAGCGAAAGAGAAAGCCAGACGGAGGCCCGGGUGAUGACACGUCCUCGGCCCAGGCGCCUCGGCGGCGUGGACGGCCACCGAAGCGACGCAAGUCGUCGCCAGCGCUGUCGGGCAUUGCCAACCCUCGCCUGCUGGAUCCUCGUCUGCUGGAUCCCGGCUUCGAUACGGUGGCGAGCAAUGGCGAGAUCUGCACACCAGCAGAAGAGCCGACGGUGUGCCGGCCUCCGAUGCGUGUGCUCCAACUCAACCCCAAGACGGGCACGAUCGGAUCGCCGCCUCGGCCGAAGGAUGCUAGCAAGAAGGCGGUCGGCACCAAGGCCAGCGUCGUGGUCGUGGCCCGAUAUGGACGGGAGGACGACCCUGAGCUUGCCCGCAUCAGCGCAAGGAUCGGGGACGUCUUAGCCGGCAGAGCCCGUAUAUUCCCGCUGCCAGCGUCGCCGGCAAAGACAGGCACGCGGAAGUUGGGCGCCAGCCCUGUCGCUGCCAACAGCAAGGAUGGACCGAAGAAACGGGGCCGGCCCAAGAAGUCGACGCAUCCAUUCUUUACCGGCGGCCUGCCGAAGACGCCGACUGCGGCAGCCGAACCGUCCGCCGAUACGACGGCCACGAGCAACAGCAGCAAUGCAAAAGGGUCGUCUAUGGUGACGAGCGCAGCGGCUGCUGCAAAGUACUAUGCCUCCCUGGCAAGCUCGCCUCACGGGCAACUGAGGCCGUCGUCUGGACCCCGCAUGCCGCAGUUUGGCGUGAAGAACGGGAUUCUGCGGGUGCCUGGCGCCUGUCUCCCCCAGUGGCCGUGGAAGGGCACAGUCCAUGUUCAUCCGCCGGAGCUAGUAGUAGUAGCAGCAGCAACGGCACCCGUCUUGCCUCCACGGAAACGCAAGGGCCAGACGGUGCAGAUCGAAGCGGGCGAGUCCGUUCUAGCGCAGAUGUUAGAGCGGCUGCAGCUGCGACAGGUGGCGGACGAGGUGCGAAACGCCAACAGCUCGGGCUCGGACGAGCUGCCGCCGGCUCCAGCCGGACUGCGACUGCCGCAGAAGCACCUGAUGAGCGGACGCAAGAUGCAGGGGCGGGUGGCACCACAGCUGCGGACGAGCCAUGCGGGGGUGCAGAGCCUGUUUGGGACGCUGCGGACGACGCUGUCGGCGUUUGACCAGCACCAGUGCGAGAUGCAGAGCUGGACGCAAAAGUACGCGCCGACCUGUGCGGCCGAGGUGCUGCAGAGCGGACGCGAGCCGCAGAUGCUGCGCGACUGGCUGGCAGCCCUCAAGGUGGUGGCCGUCGACACGGGGGCGCCAGGCGAAGGGGUGGCAGCACCAGCGACAAUGGGGGCGAAGAAGAAGAGAAAGAAGAACAAGCUGGACGGGUUCAUCGUGUCGAGCGACGAGGAGGACAACGACAGCGUGGCGACGGGCGACGGGCUAGACGGCGAGGCGGCUGACUGGCUGGCCAGCGGGCUGUACGGACUGCAAAAGAAGACGGUCGUGCGCGAGGGCAUCAACAACAGCAGCAGCAGCAGCAGCGGUGGUGCUAGGCUCACUAACGCGAUGGUGCUGAGCGGGCCUCACGGCUGCGGCAAGACGGCAGCGGUAUAUGCGGCGGCCAGGGAGCUAGGAUUCGAGGUGUUUGAGAUCAACGCGAGCAGCCGGCGCAGCGGCAAGGACGUAAUCGACCGGAUCGGCGACAUGACGCGGAACCAUCUGGUGCAGCACCGACAGAAGGCGGAGGAGGGAGGGGAAGCAGACGAGAGCGAAGAUGCUGACGGCAAGAAGCAGGCCAAGGAGGCCAAGGAGGCGAAGCAGGCAAAGAUGAGCGCGUUCUUUCAGCCAAAAUCGGUCAGGAGCAAAGUGCGAGCGACGAACGAAGAGGGCGGUGGGAGCACGCGCAAGCCGACGAGCCAGAAGCAGUCGCUGAUCCUGCUGGAAGAGGCUGACCUGCUGUACGAAGAGGACCGGCAGUUCUGGACGACGGUGACGGGGCUGAUGGCGCAGUCGAAGCGGCCGUUUGUGAUGACGUGCAACGACGAGACGCUGCUGCCGCUGGCAAGUUUGCGGCUUCACGGGAUCUUGCGGCUCGAGGCAGCACCGACAGCCGAGGCGGUGGACCGGCUGCUGCUGGCAGCAGCGUGUGAAGGUCACGUGCUGCGGCGAGAAGCGGUGGAAGCGCUGUACGAUGCGCGAUCACAAGACCUGCGGGCGGCACUGACGGAGCUGCAGUUCUGGUGUCAGCUGGGGGUGGGUGACCGACGCGGCGGAUUCGACUGGUUUGUGCAGCGGUGGCCAGAAGGGAUUGAUCUGGACGAGGAGCAGCAGGUGGUGCGGGUGGUGAGCGAGGACACGUUUGUGGGAGGGAUGGGAUGGGUAGGAGAGGAGGGAGGGGAAGGAGAGGCAGAGGAACUGGAGGAAGAGCUGGUACAACAGACGUGGCACAACUGGGAGCUGGACUUGGGACAGUGGGAGGAUUCGCUGGACCUGGGAUCAUGGGCGGAAGGAUGGGACCGAAAGGGUGGUGAUGGAGGGGAUGGAGGUGAAGCUGAGAGAGGCCAGAUGCUGGAAGCGUGCAGCCGGUUUGCCGACGUGAUGAGCGAUGCCGACAUGGUGUCGAUGGGGGUGUUGGCGACGGGAACAAGAGUGCGGCUAGACGCGACGAUGCCGGAGAUGGCAGCCCGGACGCGAGACGACUUUGUGGCGGGAGGCCAGCUGGUAGGCCAGCCAACAGAGGCAGCCUAUAUGGGUGGCAGCAGCAGCAGCAGCAGCGACGACAGCCAGCUGCGACUGCCGCUGGCCACAGCGCUACGAUGCGCAGCCAAGCGACAGCUGCGAUCGAUGCUGGACGACAUCGGGACGGCCGGUGGCUGGCGGCUGGUUAAAGAUCGCCUCGGCUGCGUGGACACGACACAAGCAGCAGCAGCGAUCCGAUAUGGCCGACGUGACCGACGACGGCCAGCCGACCUGCCGCUGCGCCGCAUCGACUUUUCGCUGGCCUUUGACGCGAUCGCGACGCCGAUGGGGGCCUAUGGCGAGACGCCGGGGCCGGCUGCCCAUCUGGACCCGUCCGUGUUCGACCGCAACCUGGAGCCGAUCGUGACGGACGUGGCGCCGUUUGUGCGGGGGAUCGUGGUGUACGACGGACAUCGGAAGGCGCAACGACAGCGGAUCAGUCGGUUCUUGGUCGGAGGAGGGGAGGGAUUUAGGAGGGAAGGACCAAGAGGAUCCGGCUCAGACUCGGCCUCGGACUAUCCCCCACCGAAACGCAUGCGCACGACCCGUGCAGCCCUGUCGGCGCUCGAGGGAGGCCCUCGCAGCGCGAUGCGGCGUGAGCGCUGGUUUCUGGCCGAUAUGAACCCGGUGCUGGUGGCCCGGACGGCGGGUGAGGGCUGGGCGGAGGCGGUGGAGAAGGAGAAGGAGGAGAGAGAGAAGAAAUCGGGGGAAGUGGCCGAGGAGACAAAGUCCACACCAGUGGCUCUGGAUGGUGAUGAUGUGGACGAAGUGGAUGAUGCCAUCCCGGUCCAGACUACACCAAUGUUGGUCUGGAAAGAAGUCCAGACGGCGACAUCACUGUCUGCCGAUUUCUCGUCGGCACAGCGACCGCCGCGUCGACGAAAAAUCAUCAUGUCGUCGCCGGGAAGAGAGGAUUGUGGACAAGGUCAAGAUGGAUGA